AUGUUGUCGCGUAUGAUAACAUUGCCGGUCCUUAGAAGUAAUUUUGUUGCCAUAAGGACGACGUGUUUCUCGUCCAGAUGUUUUGCAGUAUCAAAGGAUGGAGUCAAAGAAGCCGUGGUAAGUGAAAAGCGAAAGUAAAGAGUGUUCAGAGACGGCGGUUGUUACCCGAGAGGAGGUUUCGGAUAGUAAUGACAGAAGAAGAACGGGCGGCCAAACUUAAAGCCAUCCAGACAGCUCAACAAGAAGUCAUACCCCCAGGACUUUUCGCCAAAUUUAAGUUUUACUUCAAGAGGUACUGGUAUAUCGCGAUCCCAGUUUAUUCGGCCACCUGCAUUGCCUGGUUUGGAGGCAUUUUCUUGGUCGUCAAAAGGUAUGUUAAAUCGAUUUCUGAGUAAUUUUUACAGUGGAGUCGACGUCGUCAAAUUCCUUGAAUUCCUUCACAUGCCAGAUUCCAUAGUCGAAAAGGUCAAAAAUAUCCCGGAAACGGCGGGAAAAAUUGUAAUCGCUCUUCUGUUAUACAAAGUAAGUAUAAUUAUGACGUUUUCAAUAAAUGCAGCUUGCCACCCCGCUUCGUUAUGCCACUGGACUUCUUGGAAUUAGACUCGCGUUCGUUGUUUUGAGAAAGAUGGGUCUUUUGAAGACAGCUCGGGAAGUGGAAUAUCAUAUGAGGACGAGAUAUGCUGAUCUAAACAAGAGGAGAAUAUACGCGGCUACACAAUCCAACGCCAAAUUGAAGAACAUCAAGAAAGGGAAGUCCAAUUCCAUGUGA